GCCGUUCCCCGUCUGUACUUUCAUUCAACGAAAGCCAUGCCUGCCCUAGCAGGCCCUUCAAAUCCGAACAAGCAGAAUCAAAAGAAAAGGCAACGCCCAGCAGUCAAAGCCGGUAAAGUCAAAAAGAUCUCGGAACAACAGCAACUCAAUGCACUCAAGCAGGCUGUCCUUGAAUAUGAUGCUACGAGUUCUUCACGAGCGUUCGCCGAUCUACCUAUUUCAAACUACACGAAACGUGGUCUUAAGAAGGCGUUCUUCGUGGAUAUGACAGACAUCCAAGCCUCCAGCAUACACCUCGCAUUACAAGGGAAAGAUAUCCUUGGCGCCGCACGAACGGGCAGCGGCAAGACACUCGCGUUUCUCGUCCCCGUGCUGGAGAAUCUUUAUCGGAAUAAGUGGGGACCGCAGGAUGGGUUGGGAGCACUAAUUAUAUCACCAACUCGUGAGCUGGCAGUCCAGAUCUUUGACGUUCUCAGAUCAAUAGGCGGCUAUCAUGGCUUUUCGGCUGGGUUGGUCAUCGGUGGCAAGAAUCUCAAGGAUGAGCGGGAACGUCUGUCGCGCAUGAACAUCCUUGUAGCUACGCCAGGACGAUUGUUGCAGCAUAUGGACCAGACAUUCGGUUUUGAGUCGGAUAAUCUGCAGAUGCUUGUUCUUGACGAAGCUGAUCGGAUUCUCGACAUGGGCUUCGCCCGAACGCUCUCCGCACUCCUCUCCCACCUCCCCAAAUCUCGCCAAACCCUUCUCUUCUCAGCUACCCAGACCCAAUCUGUCGCGCAACUCGCCCGUCUCAGUCUCAAUGACCCCAUCCCCAUUGGCGUAGGCGACGUCACCUCCUCAUCUACCAUGCCCUCCUCGCUCUCGCAGCACUUCUCUAUCGUCCCUCUCGACCGCAAACUCGACGUGCUCUGGUCCUUCCUCAAGACGCACCUCAAGUCCAAGGUGAUUGUUUUCCUCUCGAGCGGGAAGCAAGUUCGCUUCGUCUUCGAGACUUUCCGCCGCAUGCAGCCCGGCGUGCCGCUCCUCCACCUGCACGGAAAACAGAAGCAGACAGCACGAUUGAACACGUAUGCGAGGUUCACGGGUAUGCAAAACGCGGUACUAUUUGCGACGGAUAUUGCGGCCAGAGGGCUGGACUUCCCAUCGAUUGACUGGGUCGUGCAAGUUGACGCGCCCGAGGACGCAGAUACGUAUAUUCAUCGCGUUGGGCGAACGGCGCGGUACGAUAGUGCGGGCAAGGGACUGCUCUUGCUGCUGCCGAGCGAAGAGGAGGGCAUGAAGGCCGCCCUCGACAAGAAGGGGAUCAAGAUUGAGAAUAUCAAGAUCCGGGAUAGCAAAACUCAGAGCAUACAAAAUCAGUUGCAGAACCUUGCCUUCCAAGAGCCUGAAAUUAAGUAUCUGGGUCAACGAGCUUUCGUAUCAUAUGUGCGGUCUGUCCACUUGCAGAAGGACAAAUCGAUAUUUAAGCUCGAUGAGCUCCCUGUGGAAAGUUUUGCCGAGUCUUUGGGUUUGCCAGGAGCACCAAAAAUCAAAUUCCUCAGUCGCGAGCUGGCCAAGAAGCAGAAAAAUGCAUCGCACGAUGUUGCCAAACUCGACAUCAACAUUGCGACAGAAAAGGAAGAGGUCGCAAACUCAUCAGAGGCCGAAGAAAGUGAUGAUGAUGGAAGCGGAGGCGAUUCUGAGGACGUGGAAGAGGGUGACGAAGAACGAUUAUCUGAUGACAAUUCACAGCAGAUCGACGUGCAGCGAGAAGAAGAUAAAUCAAUACCUGAGAAGAAGGGUGUUCGUACUAAAUACGAUCGCAUGUUCGAGCGCAAAAACCAGAACAUCCUCUCAGCCCACUACACGAAGAUGAUCGAACACGAAGAUGGGCAGGAGAACGGUGAGGAGGACUUCAUCACCCUCAAACGCGCAGACCACGACCUUUCCGAUGCCGGGAGCUCCGAUGAGGAUGACGCGAUGGCCGAGGCCGAGGCAGCGAACUUGUCAAGGCGCAAGGAGAAGCUCUCGCGCACGAAGCGUGCGAUCGCGAAGUACGGCCAACUGAGCCAAAAACUGGUGUUCGACGACGAGGGCAAGCCCCACGAGAUUUACGAGAUGGUCGACCCGUCCGAGUUUUACAAGGGGGGCAUGGAGGGCGCAAAGGAGGCCGGGAAGGUGUUUGUGGAAGGAGAGAAGAGUAAGCUGAAGGUGGCGGACUUGCAGGACAAGUUGGAGGCGAAGGCAAAGAAGCAGGAAAAGAAGCGGAAGCAGAAGGAGCGGGAGCGGGGGUCUCGUCCUGACGCGGACGAUAGCGGGAGCGACGAGGGCAUGGGGCCUGCCAUUGCUUCUACUGAAGAAGACGAUGGCUACAGCUCUCCUGAUCUCGAUGUUCCAAGCGCAAGCGAGAGUGAGCCUGAAGAGGCACCUCCCUCGAAACGAAGGAAAGGAGUUACUCCCGACCAGAGCAAAAGACAGCAAUCAGCAGACCUUGACGACGAGGAAGAGUUGGCUUUGCGUCUCUUACGGCAAAGAUGACCACCCUCUGACAUGGAUCAGCAUGAUGCUGGUCAUGACGUUCUGCGUAGAGCUAUUGCCCACAGUGACGUAGUUAGCCAAGCUAGUAUGCUAUGUUUGGUGGUCCAAUCCUAUUAUCAUUGAACAUGUAUGCGUCGUUAACGGUCUUGAGACGUCUAGGCGCUUGUGAACCUUUGGUGGCUGUUGUG